AUGUCUUACGGAACUGUCCUGAUUACUGGCUGCGGCAUAGCGGGACCUGUUCUUGCAAUUCUCCUCAAAGCAAAAGGCUACAGCCGUAUUGUGUUCGAAGAAGUGCGGCAUUUGGGCGAUGUCAGUACUUCUUUGAUGCUCAUGCCCAAUGGUAUGAAGGUCCUCAACAUGAUUGGAUUGGCAGAUGAGAUCUACGAGCUGGCAUUUCCCCUGGAGGCUUACGAGGAUUUUACUGGAUCAGGCGAACCACUGGGGUCUUCUACACUGCCGGCGCAGUUCCAGCAAAGGUAUGGUCAGAAAGCCGUGGUGAUCAAGCGUACGACUCUCAACCUCACAUUGGAAACCCGGAUGGUGGCAAGUGGCAUCCAGCUACGGGAGGGUUGA